ACUGCAAUAAUUGUUAAUAAUUACAGCAAAACUAUCGACUGUAUUGAUGUAAACACAACGUCUGGUGUAGUGAGGGGUCAGACACUACAUGUGCUCAACACAAGUAUUGACCAGUUUUUGGGUAUACCUUAUGCCAAACCACCCGUCGGUGCGCUUAGGUUUGUUAAACCGGUGGCCAUUACUAAGCCAUUAAAAGAGAUAAUCGAUGCAACAAAACCGAAGCACUCAUGUAUGCAAAAGCCGGUCAAAGGGCUGUCACUCAGCGAAGACUGUCUGGUGCUUAACAUUUGGGCCCCGAAUAAGACGUUGAGUGCUUUAAAACCGGUUAUGUUUUGGAUAUUUGGCGGCGGUUUGAGCUCCGGAUCAAUAUUUAUGGAUUCAAAUAAUGGCAGUGUUUUGGCCACUCAUGAUGUAGGGCAAAAAUGCUGUGCCCAACACGGGGAUCGGGAGGACGCGCCCGGAAAUGUCGGCUUUUAUGACCAGUUAUUGGCUCUCAAAUGGGUUAGAAAAAACAUCCACUCAUUUGGUGGAGAUAGGGAUCGGAUCACUAUUUUUGGUCAGAGCGCCGGCAGUUGGUCCGUAUCGGCGCACAUACUCUCCCCGCUAUCCAAAGGCCUAUUCAAGAGAGCUAUUAUGCAGAGCGGGGCCCAUAUGUUCAAUAAGGAUAGGGAUGUGUUUAAUAAGACUGAAGCCUUAUCUCUGGCCAAAUACAUCGCAACCCAAGAAAACUGCACUCAAAGCGAGAAUUGGUUACAAUGUUUACGCCGAGUGGACGCACAACGACUGGUCAAAUACAACAGUGGGCUGACACGACCCGUGUUGGGCACAGCAUUUUUGCCCCUAUCGGCUCAAAAGGCAUUUCAAAAUAAGCAAAUCAACCUGGACAUAGACCUGAUGGCAGGUGUGACGCGCAAUGAAGGUGCCGAGACGGCCAAACUUGUUCAGACACAGCCGGACAAAACCACCCUGGACCAAUUUAAAGUAGGCAUAAAAAUAGGUGACGCGUUGUUUCACAACAUAGACGUACCAAAAAUGACCGACAGUUACCUAUCGGGGGUCAACAUCAGUGACCCAUUGGCUCUUUGGCACAGUUUGACUGAUUUUUUCGGUGACCUAUCGCUUAAGUGUCCGACAUAUCUGUUUGCGCGACAGUUCAGCGCCGGUGUUGCCGACAAACAUCGGGUGUACUUCUAUGAGUUGGACUACGAGAGCGCAUAUACGGCCAAUAUUACCGGUUGUGAUCCCAAAACGAUGGGCGUCUGUCACGAGGCGGACCUGCCGUUUGUCUUUGGUUUACCAUUCAUUCACACCAACGACUACUCAAAGCAAGACCUGGUCUUCAGUCGAGAUGUGAUGCGAUUGUGGACUAAGUUUGCAAAAGACAGACGUUUUGGCAAUGAGUGGCCGCAGUUGUCGGGCGCCGGUGUGUCGUCCGGUGCGGCGCCACUCGUGCGAAGUCUAGAUCCGGCAAAUAUGAGCCGCAUUUACACCGAUCCCUAUUAUAACACUUGUGAUGGCGUUUGGCAGACAUAUUAUCAA